ACCCUCACAGCUCGUCUGACUGUGAGUCCCAGCAGCUCUCAGUUCUUUGAAUUAAACUUUGUGUCUCUGAGCUGUGAGGAGGACGACAGCUCUGCUGGAUGGACUCUGAGGAGGAACACAAGCAAGGAGACCAGAGUUGAUUGUGGAGCUCACUGGGGGAGCUCAGCUGGUUCUUCCUGCAUCAUCAGUCACAUCAUCUCACUGGACAUUGGAGUUUACUGGUGUGAGUCCAGAGAGGGUGCCAUCAGUAACAUGGUUAAUCUCACAGUCUCUGGUGGAUCAGUGAUCCUGCAGAGUCCUGUCCUCCCUGUGAUGGAGGGAGAUGACGUCACUCUGCUCUGUCAAACAAAGACCACUCCCUCCAACCUCCCAGCUGCUUUCUAUAAAGAUGGCUCCCUCAUCAGGAAGCAGCCUACAGGUCACAUGACCAUCCAGCAUGUUUCCAGGUCUGAUGAAGGCCUCUACAAGUGUGACAUCAGCGGUCAUGGAGAGUCUCCAUCCAGCUGGAUCACUGUCACAGAGAGACACACCACCACACCUCCACCUACAUCCACACCUCCACCAAGAUCCAUACCUCCACCUACAUCCACCUCUCCUCCUGUUCUCUCUGUGAUCUCCUCUGUUGGAUCAGUCUGUGUUGUGGUUCUACUGGUGUUACUGGUUCUGCUGGUGAGACGAUGUGUUCACAGGAAACCUGAAGAGAGUGACCCAGCUGCAGUCUCCACAGCAGUGAGAACAGAAGACGUCACUUAUGGACAAAUAGCCGUCAGAACAAAGAGGAAAAGAGACUUCCAAUAA